UUGAUAAUGAAAGUUGUUCCAUUGAUGAGAACAGCAGUACGUACGAGUCUGUUUCGGACUGCUUCUUUAAGCAAAUAUAACAUUAGACUUUGUUCUUCGAAAAACACAAAAGCUCCUCAAGAUGAGCUUGAGAAAGAGCUGGAGAAAAUUAGUGAAAAGUUAAAGAAGGAUUUUGAAGGAAACCUCGAUGAGAAUGGAGUCGACAAGAACUUCAUGAACUUCAAAAGUAUGAACGAGAGGAAAGCUCAUCAGAGAAGCCAUAUAUUCAAUUGGAAAAUAGCGUUAUCGACUCUAUUGAUUGGUGGUAGUUGCUUAUUAGCUUUGUUGUAUGUCAGGAAAAUGAGGUUAGACGAGAGGGAGAAGCAGCGAAAGCUUACAGCUGGUAAAGCUCGAAUAGGUGGUGAAUGGGAACUAGUUAACACUGAUGGAAAAGUCGAAGGCUCCGAGCAACUCAAAGGAAACUGGUUGCUGAUGUAUUUUGGCUUUACUCAUUGUCCUGAUAUUUGUCCGGAUGAGAUUGAGAAGAUGAUCAAAGUAGUUUCUAUUCUAAAAGAAGAAAAAGCUGAUCCCGUACCUGUUCAACCCGUCUUCAUAUCUGUUGAUCCCACCAGAGACACCGUGGCUCGAGUCAAACAAUAUUGUGCUGAGUUUUCAUCAGAGCUUAAAGGCUAUACCGGUGAUGUUGAACAGGUUAACAAAGUUGCAAAAACAUUCAGAGUUUAUCAUAGUCAAGGUCCUAAGACAACUCCGGACGAUUACAUUGUUGAUCACACUGUCAUUAUGUACUUGAUAGAUCCUGAUGGUAACUUCCAUGAUUACUAUGGCCAGAAUAGAACUGCUGAGGAAAUUGCUAACGUGAUAAAGAUCAAAGUGCUUAAACACAAAUUACAAAGCAAGAAGGGAAUAUUCAACUUCUAA